AUGUCUCAUUUUGACCAUGCUGAUAGGAUCAGGAGUGCAAAGCUGAAUAAAGCUUCAAUUAACAUGCUGAGGAUCGCUGAGCCCUAUAUUGCAUGGGGCUAUCCCAACUUGAAGUCUGUUCGUGAGCUUAUCUACAAGCGUGGAUAUGGAAAGAUCAGGAAACAAAGAAUUGCUCUUACAGACAAUGCCCUGAUUGAAAAAUCAUUGGGUUUAUGUGGAAUUGAGUGCAUUGAAGAUCUUGUUCGUGAAAUUUACACAGUUGGAAAGAACUUCAAGGCUGCAAAUAACUUCCUGUGGCCUUUCAAGCUUUCUUCACCUCAUGGUGGAAUGAAUAAGAAAACCACCCACUUUGUUGAAGGUGGUGAUGCAGGAAACCGGGAGGAUCAGAUACUCAUAAGGAGGAUGAACUAAUGCUAUCCCUUGGGAUGUAUGAUCUCUCAUUUCU